AUGGGCCGGACUCUUAACUUCAUUCUGGUGGAUGAAGAAGGAACGAAGAUACAUGCAACUGUCAACAGGCCGGCUAUUAACCUUUUCGAUUCGCUUCCGGAGGGAUCAUGGGCCCAGAUUUCCGGCGUCUGCGUCUCCAGCUCAAACUGGAUAGACUGUAACCACUUCCUCUCGACGCACCCGUACAUGUUAGUCCUUCCAUCAACGGCGACCAUAUCUCCGAUUUCGCCGCUUACGGAUCGUCACUUCUUCAACUUCGCGCUCUUCGAGGAUGUGAUGUCGGGAUUCUUUAAUAUUGCUUACCCGAUAGAUCUGAUCGGGACCAUCCACAUCGUUGGCAAGCUCUCCCCUGCGAAGAAUAGCGCCAAUGCUGAGAGAUCUAUCCCAUUCACCAUCCGGGACCAAAGUGGCAAUGAGUUAUACUGCAUCGCCUAUGGGAGAGUAACGGAGAAAUUCUCCCUCGAAUGGUCGCUCAUACCCGAUGGUGAUGUUAGGAUUCUCCUAAGUGAAUGGAGGGUUUCUGCAUCGCGAAAGAUGUACAGUGGGUUAGCCGAGAAUAUGAUCGUUGAUGGAGGAAAAUACUGUCGCUUUUAUCUCAAUCCGGAAUUCCCUGGAGUUGGCGGUGACGCCCAUGCAAUGGAACGAAGGGAUGAAUCGGAAAUGGAGAUAUCAGCGGUGGAUGAUUCAGAUGCUCUUUCGACGGCGUAG